AUGCAAUCCCUAAUCAGAUGUGUGUCCAAAACACAAAAUCUCAUGACUAGUUGCACCCGCCGUGGCCUCUGCUGGCUCAGCCUCUCAGCACGCACGUCGCUCUGGAAAUUCCAGUAUUGUCCAUAUCUCAGAUGGUCCUAUGCCUGCGCAGACUGGACUUCAUGGGCUGCACUUAGGUUGGAGGCCGCGAAACUGCAAAGAUCUCAGUGGCUGGGCUGCUUCCGCCAGGUGGAGGCCGCCACACUUCAAAGCUGCCAGCGGCCGGGCUUCCGCCAGGUGGAGGUCACGCCUUGGGGACGCUGGCGCGAGGCUCUCUGGCUCUGA